CUUGGCCUCAAUCGGUCUCCAAGCGCUGCAAGAGGCAAAGAACAACCUUUCUAGUUGGUUUGCUGCAAUUAGGUUAUUGAAGGUGCUGUGAGUGACACUAGCCAGAAAACAAAUCUAAGCCAAGUUACCAUGAAGUCCGCCUGCCUGAUCAUUCUGGCAUCUCUAGUGGUCUGCAACCUGACGUUGGCUCGAGGACAGGGCAUCCCCGCUGAGGAGGAGACGGGGGACCGGCAGACUAUUGACGAUAUCAUCCUACAGAGAGCCGAGAGCCUCCUGCUCCGCUCCAUUCUCAAAAAUAUAGAGGAUGAGGAUGGCGCGAACGAAGGGUUGACCUCUCAGCCAGAGUGGCUGGUGAAGCGGCAGCAUCCCGGUAAGAGGUACCAGGAGGAGCUGGAAAAAAGGCAACACCCUGGGAAGCGAGAGGAGGACGAGGACGAAGACUAUGGCGAGGUUCAGAAAAGACAGCACCCGGGAAAACGCGAAGACGAAUUUGACUCUUUUGUGGACCUCCAGAGAAGACAGCAUCCAGGCAAGCGCUUAAUACUGGAGCAGAUUACAGAGAACCCCGCAUUUCUAAGUGAACUCUCCAAACGUCAGCACCCGGGCAAGCGCUACGUGAUGUACUACAGUAAGCGCCAGCAUCCCGGCAGGCGAGAGGUGGACGACGAGUCAGACGCAGGGGACCUCAAGGAGUUGGAGAAGCGCCAACACCCCGGCAAACGCUACUUGGAUAACACGAGCCCGGAUUUGGACGCCAACAGUCCCUGUGACGUGCUGGACCCUGGCUGCAGUAAGGCCAACCUGUUGCUCCAGCUAUUAGACAACGUGAACAAGAGUCGCGCGGAGAAGAGACAGCACCCAGGCAAAAGGUCCGCACCUGUCGAGGAUUUGACCGAACAGGAGUAACUAGCGGGGCUGAUGAAGCCCACGUGGGGAAGAAAUAAAGACUAAAGCGACGGGAUUAGCUAUUGGCUCUGCAGUCUGUCUGUAUCCAGCUGAGGACGCAGUCUCGGAAUCUGCUCUUUUUCUGUCUGACCUUGAAUUGAAUAGGCUAAGUGUAAUUUUCAGAGUUAUAUCAAGUAAAUGUGUUAUAUACGACAAAUUGACCUGUAGUUUGUUUUAUGAUUUAGGCCUAAUGCGUUUGUGGUCAAAUAUGUGGAUAUACCCCUACAAAAUAAUUUUGUGCGUCUCUUGAUUACUUUUCUACUUGAAUAUUCUUGCAUGGUAUAACUGAUUCAUUGAUGUGCAUUUUGUUACUUUUGCCUUAAAGCAUAUUAUGAUUCUACAACUCUAUACAAUAAAACGCAUUGGUACAGAUGACUGAG